AUGAAUCGAGUUCAUAAGCGCAGAGUCUGGGAUUCGAACCUGGUUCGUCCCGCUCCGCAGUCCGGGGACUCAGAGGACUCAAAUACAAACUACUCGUGUGUCGCUGGAGAUAACGUGGGGGUGACCCUGGGCCGCAUCAAGUAUUUGAACAAAAAGGACUCACCAAGCGUUCAAGUGAAAAGAAAUCCAGAAAUCACCAUCACAGGCUCCCAGUUCGUGAGCAGCGGUGAUGACGUCAGUCUCUUCUGUAACGCCUCCAUGCUGGGCAACCCCAGGCGCGCGCUCGUUUGGCUCAAGGACAGCGUCCAGGUCCCGACAGAGGGCGCGCGAGUCUCCUGGGGAUAUGUCGUCUCCCCUAACAGAGAAACGUUAAGCGCCAAGCUACAGAUCACGAAAGCUCGCCCUGACGACUCAGGACUUUAUACCUGCAGGUCACGUGAUCAUAAACUUACUACCUCUGCACAGGUCAACGUACAGUCCGCUGGCUCUAACAAUGUGAAACGAGCCGGCUCAGUGUCCCAGGAGUCCAGCGCCGUCCUCAGCGUGCAGUGUGCUAUCUCCAACAUCACCUUCCUCACCUACAUGUUUUUCGUGCACGUUCUCCUCACGUGAUGAUGAUCGACAGACGAAUCUCUCCGGCAAUCCACCCCACCAACGCCACUGCCCCACCACCCCCACACAUACACUUUCCC